UCGGUAUAAGUUUGUGAGCCAAGUGUACGUUAUGUAACUUGUUAUAAAAAGACAGAUAGCACCAAACAUAGUGGUGCACCUGGGAGAAAAGAAGAUACAGUAAGAUGGAGUACAUUUACAAGUGUCCAGAUACCAGCUCGCAUAUCUCUGUGCACCUGGAACCUGGGAAAACUACCAAAGGAAGCGAAUCACAACACGGGAGUCGAGAACACAGUCGCAUUUCCUAUGUCUCUGGAGUCGGAGGGCAGGAUCAUACGUUCACGCCUGUCGGCGUCUCCUCUCAUCCUGCACCAAUCGCCAUGCCUCCAGAAGCGCUAAUCCAGCAUUUGGGUCGAGCUCAGUGCCGUCCCUCGAAAUCUUGACCUCGCGAUCACGGUUCCAUGUAUUGACAAUGUUGCGCGUCCGUUUGAAAGGCAGCGGCUCGAGGCAGAUCCACUCGACGGUGAUUUGAGCAGUGUAGCCAGACACCCCGUCACUCAUGGGACUAGGCUCAGGGUGGUCAUCCGGUUCUGGUUCCAAUCUAGCUUCGAGGAUGUCCUGGUGCCGCUGGAGGAGCCCGUCGAGGCUGAUAGGCUGAUGAACGCCUUUCCCAGCUUCGUACAACUCCUGCAAGUCGGGAUGUCCGGCGGGAGUCAUCACACUGGGUGCCGACUGAGUGAUACCGGGCGGUGACGGACUCGGCGUAAACGGGCUGGGGGACUUUUCGGCAACCAUUGUAUCGGGUGGCAGGCCAUCAUGGAUAGCAUCAUUCGUAGUCAUCACUGAGGUCCUCAUCCUGGCAUAGCCAUAGAACUGGCCACUCUUGUUGACACUGAAGAACAAGAUCGUCUCGUCAGAUGUGCGAAACGCUCGGUCCAGAACAGCCCCAUUGUGUGUCUGGAUGAACCACACUCCAUCUUCAACACACCGAUCCAACUCUUCUCUUGUCUGCGACUUGAGGACAAAGAAGCGCCGUGGAAAGUGCUUUUCGAAGAAGCUCGACGUUGUCGAGGCGUCGGAAGCUGCGCUCGGCGAAUCGGCGUCUCCGAUGCCAUCACGCGCUGCGAUGCGGCUGUUGAUCCACUGUCGGUGCAGGCCAACUCCUCGCUGCCCACCGACGCCAGUCCAAAGGUCGUCGUUGAGUGUCCGGACUCGGCAAACCAACGGCGGCCCCCGAGUCCAAUCCGGGCCUAAAUGCUUGCCAUUGCACUGCUUGAUUGCAUCAUUCAACACACCGUGGUCGGGAUUUUGUGCGGCGAUGAACGUCUGCAGAUCAUGCUCGUCGGCGUGCUUGGGGACGUUGCCCAUCCACAUCGCCCAUUGGGACCGAUCCGCGGGCGCAGCAGGAUGGUA